UUAGUCGUCUAAAUUUAUAAUUGAUAAUUUUCUUUUACAAAUUUAGAAUACUUGUCUUCUCAUUAAAAUUUACUUUAAAUUUCAUAUUGAGGCGACACUCAAUUUGAUAUUAUGUCAACUUGCAUCCGAUAAAACACUAUAGAGCUAUUUCUAUCAGACAUCAACAUAAAAAGUACGUGCAAUUUCAAUUUAUUUAGAUUAUAAAAACAAAGACUUGCAUUUUGAUUGAGAAAAAUGCUGAUUGUCCUUCAAAAUGUGUUGCCAUUGGAUAUGAAGCCGAAAAGAAGUUUACUGACAGAAUGGCUGAUAUGGACGACUCUUGGUAUUUCUUCAAGGAAUUCAAACUACUUUUAUAUGGAGAGGAUUUUAGAAAAGACAUGUUAAUAGACGAUGUAUAUGGAAGACAUUUACCUCUUUUUGAAGUCAUGUCCAAGUUCAUCGAAGGAUUGAAAAAUCACUUCAUAGAAAGGAAGGCCAAAAAGGGAUUAGACAUCAAGGAUGUAAUAUGGAUGUUAACAGUCCCAGCAAUUUGGUCAUUGGAAGGCCGAGACUUUAUGCGAAAAGCAGCGGAACAUUGUGGCAUCGAUGGCAAAUUGUUGAAAAUUGCUCUUGAACCGGAAGUUGCUGCUGUUUACUGUUUUACCCUACCGCUUGAAGAGAGAAAGACAAUGUGGGACUUGGGGCAUAUUGGCCAGUCUUUUCUCGUAGCAGACCUUGGAGGUGGAACAGCAGAUUUGGCAGCUAUUAAAGUUAAUGCUGAGGGCACUCUUGACAUUAUCAUUAACGCACAGGGAGCACUUAUAGGUGGACAAAACAUCAAUACUGCUUUUUUCCAAGCCAUACAUGAUAGUUUCGAGGGAGAUCAAUUUAAGAAUGUCUUUCGAGAUCCCAUUGAGUUAUUAGAAAUGGAAGAUGAUUUCGAGCACAAAAAAGUCAACAUAGUAUCAACAAAAGAACUAAAAUGUUCUAUCAACCUUAAGAUUCCAUCACUUUUCAGAGAUGGACUUCUUAAAAAUGACAUACGGAUGACAGAAGAAGCAAAAAAGAAGGGAGGGUUAAAGAUACACAAAGAUAAACUACUCUUUGAUCCAUCCUACAUUACAGAACAUUUUUUCAAAGAAACGUGCACACGAAUAUCCCACGAGAUAGAAAAUAUGCUGAAAACACCGAAUGUAGGUAAUAUAAGUAUAAUCGUAUUGGUUGGAGGGCUUUCAGGAUCGAGCGUUGUAGUAUCACAAAUUCAGGAACUGUUGAAGAAAUCAUUUCCUGAAGUUAAAGUUGUUUCGCCAACAUCACCGUUUCGAGCGAUUUUGACAGGGGCAGUACUCUAUGGUCAUAACCCAAAACUUAUUAAAAGUAGAAGGAGUCCAGCUACAUUUGGUGUACAAACAAAUAGCCCUUUUGACGCUGUCGUCCACAAAAGCGAUAAAAAAUGGAUACAUAGUGGAUCUGGAAAAGCCUAUUGCAAAGAUAUAUUCUCCGUACAUGUUAGGGAGGGAGAAUUAAUCGUUUUGAACGAAAAGCAGCCAGUAAAAAAAUACUUCCCGAUAGAUGCAAACCAAACUGAAGUCAAUUUAAAGGUGUUCAUGCAUUCAGCAAGGGAUAUCUCAUUGGAUGAGUCUAAAGUUUUAUACACUACAGAUGAUGGGUGCACAGAAUUAGGCGAGAUGCUUGUCAAGAUGCCAGAUACUUCAAAAGGUACAAACAGAGAAGUUUCUGUAUCUUUUGUUAUAGGAGCUGAGAUAGAAGUAAACGCAGUAGAUGAAACAAGUAAAGAGAAAUUGGAGGUGAAAUUUGAGUUUCUAAAGACAUUAAAACUAUGUAAACAAAAGGAAGAAAAUGAAUUUGGCACGCAAAACAUUAUAUAAAAAAUAUCUUUAUUCAGUCAAUACUGAAGAGGGCCCUUUAGAAAAACUGUGUAGAGAUAAAUAUCACAUGUGUUUAUGUAUUAAAACACGUAAAGUGAAUUAUAAACGUUAUUAUAUUAACAAAUAUGUAUUCGACAUAAUAACAAAUAUGUAUUCGACAUAGCAACAAAUAUGUAACCUGAAAGUAUGUGAUGUUAAACACUUAAAUUUUAUUGAAAUAUAUGCAGUUAUAUUUGCUGCAGAAUUUAACAAAAUAACAACGUAAUUGGAAAUGAUUUCAUGUAAAUGAGCAAGAAUUAUUGUCAACAUCUUCUGUCUAUAUCUUUUUGAUUGAGCUUUACCUCAAAUAUAUAGAACGCCGAAUGUUUUUGUUUUUUGAAAAGACAUUGUACAUUUGUGAGAAAUGGAGAAAUUCAUUGUGUUCUCUAUUAAUUACCUUAACAUUCGAUACAACAGAUGAAUAUAAACUUUUAAUUGGAUUUUUUUAUAUAUUUCUAAUAGCUCAUAUUUUUUCGUCAUUCUACAAUUCAUGCACUAUAUAUGUGCCAUUAAUGAUAAAACUUGCAAUAUGUGUAAUGAUUUUGUUUUUAACCAUACUUUUUUGAUUUUAUGUUUUUCAUACUAUUGCUCAAAAGUCAUAUGUGUAAUUGAACUAAUUCGAAUCGAACAAAAGGCAAAGGUUAAGGCGGUCUUAAUAAGCUGUCAUAAACAAAUCUUUACUAAUACAAUUUUUGUUUGUUUUAAAUUUGUAAAUGGUCAUAACAAUCAGGACUUAGUUAAAUACCUAUUUUAUCUAAACAAGUCACAUAACAUUUUAAACAUUUUUCGUACAAGCACAUUAUUAUUAUCAAAUUCUCUGUAGACCUGCUUGUUUCAGUGGCUAAGUUCUGCUAUGCUUAAAUACUGAAACAGGGAACGUUUAGAUUUGUAGAAAAAACAAUUCAUGUGCAUUAAUUCAUACAUAUAUGUAAAGAUAUU